ACUCGAGUUUUGAAGAAAUUUUCGGAGAUUAAAAGUCAUCAUCAAGAGGCGCAGAAGAAGAGUUCAAAAUUGAUUCAAAGUGGGGAGUUCUAAGCAUAAAAAGUAUGAAUCUAGACUUGAAAUGGGAAAAACUAAGAAAUCCCAUUCCAAAUAGGAUUAGGUUAUUAUCUUAGGGAUUUAGAUUGGAUGUUAGAAGCACAUUAGGAUUAGGUUUUCUUUUUGUCUAUGAAAAAGGGCUUUGGCCACCCAAGGGGGCAAGGAAAAAUUGCAGAGGUUGAGAGUGAGCGGAGAGAUCAAGAAGGAAAAAAAAAAAAAAGAGGAGAAAUCCAAGAGCUGAGAGGGAGAAACAGAGGAGAAACAGCAGAAGAAGGAAGAUAUAGGGAGUUUCUCUACUUCAGUUUGAUGAUGAUCUAUCAGGUGCUUGAGGAUGGUGUUCUAGGUGGUGUCUAUAUUUCAACUCCCAUAUGUUAUGCCUGCCCAACUGAAGCCCAGUGGCAUGAAAUAUCUUAGAUAAAUGCAGGGGCUAGCUUUUACAUUGUUGGUAGAGACCCUGCUGGAAUGUGGCCAUCAACUGCGAGAAAAGAGAUUCACAUGAUGCUUGAUCAUGGAACAAGGUAUAUAUUAAGCACAGUUCUGGGACUUAAAUGACCAAAUAUCCUUCCUUUCAAGGUUGCUGCGUCUGAUAAGAAUAAGGAUAACUGACAUUAUUUGAUUCAACAAAGGGUUCAAAACUUCUUCAUAUUGGGCACCAAGGUACCUUUUCUGCACAUACUCCUGAGAGUCAUUUUGCUUCAGUGAUUGGAAAGUGCUUAUUGAAUGUUACAAUAAUAACUUAUUCAUCUUUGCAGUAUGUUGCAUAUUGAUUUUUGAUAAUGCUUCUGAUUACAUUCAAGCAAAAGUUAAACAUGUUGAGCUAUCCAUGUCAAAAGAAUCAAGUUAUUUUGUUAUA